AUGAAGGCAGCUUCGUUCUGGAUGUCCGUUCUUGCCGGUGCCGCAAGCCUGGUGUCGGUGCUGGGCAAAGAUGUGCAGACGCAAGCAGAAAAGAUAUUCCGGAAGCUCCCCGGUAUUCCAGCGAAGGAGGCGGAAACGGCGGACGGUCAAAUCGAGGGCACGUUCCAACAACUGCUGGACCACAGCGACGCCAGCAAGGGCACUUUCACACAGCGGUUUUGGCUUGACACGCACUUCUGGGACGGCCCAGGCUCGCCCGUGUUUUUGUUCAUGGCAGGGGAAGAAGAUGCGUCUGGGUAUCUGGGCUACCUGCGAGAAGGCAUCCCGGGUCUCUAUGCGGAGAACUUUGGCGGCUUGGUGGUCGUGAUUGAGCACCGCUAUUUUGGCAAGUCACAGCCGUUCGACACCCUGACGGCCGAGACGCUGCGGUUCCUCGACCUGCCCAACAGCAUGAAGGACAUGACGUACUUUGCUCAGAACGUGGACAUCGAGGUGGCCAACGGUACGGUUCUCGACAAGCCUUCGGAGGCGCCCUGGGUGCUGAUCGGCGGCUCGUACUCGGGCGCCCUGGCGGCGUGGAUCCAGCAGAAGGAGCCGGGUGUGUUCUUUGCCUAUCAUGCCAGCUCGGCCGUGGUCGAAACGAUCUCGGACUUCUCCUCGUACUUCAAGCCGAUUGAGGAGGGGCUGCCGCGCAACUGCAGUGCCGACGUGCGAGCUGUGGUGCAGUACAUUGACAAUACGCUGACAGAUGGUGACUCAAUCGCGGUCGAGGACCUGAAGGCGAUGUUCGGGCUAGAUUUCCUCGAGGCGGACGAUUUUGCCUAUUGGGUGUCGCAGCCGAUUCAAUCCUGGCAGGACAACGAGACGGCCGUGUUUGCGUUCUGCGAUCUGCUGGAGGCCACCGAAAACACGGGUCUGGAUGAAUCGGUCGACGGCCUUGGCCUAGAUGUUGUCUUGCCGUUGUAUGCCGAUUACAUCAACGGGACGUACGGCCUGUACUGCCGGGCCGACAACUAUACCAUCUGCGAUUCGCACAACCCGUCUACCGAUGCCUCGUACAACGAUCCGACCGACUUCGGCUCGGACCGUCCAUGGGAGUGGAUGCUGUGCCACAAUCCCUUUGGCUGGUGGCAGGUCGGCCCCAAUGUCACCGACGGCACCAACAUUGUGUCACAGUACAUCACCGUCGACUGGUACACGCGUCGGUGCGCGCUGUACUUUCCCGAGACCAAUGGCUACCGCUCCGGCGCCGAGGACGGCUGGACGCCCGAGCACCUCGACUUGUACACGGGCGGCUGGGAUGCCCCCUUUGAGCGCGUCGUCUUUGUCAAUGGCGAAGUCGACCCGUGGCGCGAUGUCACCGUCUCGUCCGACUAUCGGGAUGGUGGCCGUCGGCCAAGCACCGAUGACAUGCCCGUCUUCGUCGUGCCCGGCGGAAAUCACUGCCCCGAGAUGCUGCUGGAAGAGUUCGAUGGAUUGCCGGAUCUAUACGACAAUCUUGUGGCUAUCAUGGCCACCUGGCUUGGCGACUGGGAGGCUCCCUCUUAG